AUGUCUAAGGCAUACGGUGCCCUUAUUGACGUCCUCGGGGGACCUCAAGCCUUCCUACAGUUCAGAAUGAUGGAGAACGGUACAUAUGAGAAGUUAGCCAAGGCCAAUGGUGAUGCUAUCAGAGGACUAUCACCCAAGAUCUCGUCAUGGAACACCGGGACUCCAGCCAUCCUUUUGAUUUACCAUUUCCUUUUCUUGAUGUUUUUGCAGUCCUUGCAUUUUCUCUUUGCUUCUCUUUGUCCUCUUCGUAAUACCCACUGUCUUUCUUAUGUCAAUAUCGGUCAAUAUCGAAGGUUGUUAUGUUUCUGA